AUGAUGUGGACUAGGGCCACCUGCAUUCUCUCCUUCAUCUUGUUUUUUGUUCACAUAGAAGCUGUAUCGAUUAAGCAUCAUUUAAAAGGAAAUGUACAUGAUGCAGAGUUUGAGGAACAGAAGGAUAUUUCAGAAAUCAACUUAGCUGCAGGGUUGGACCUCUUUCAAGGGGACAUCCUCCUGAGGAACUCCAGAAAUGGUCUGAGAGACCCCAACGCCAGGUGGAAGUUCCCCAUUCCUUACAUUCUGGCGGACAAUCUGGAGCUGAAUGCUAAAGGAGCCAUUCUCUAUGCCUUUGAAAUGUUCCGCCUCAGGUCUUGUGUGGACUUCAAGCCCUAUGAAGGAGAGAGCUCAUAUAUCAUCUUUCAGCAGUUUGAAGGGUGCUGGUCUGAGGUUGGUGACCAACACGUAGGACAGAACCUUUCCAUUGGACAGCGGUGUGACCAUAAGGCCAUCAUCCAACAUGAGAUCCUUCAUGCUUUGGGAUUUUACCAUGAGCAGUCAAGGACUGACCGGGAUGAUUAUGUGGAAAUCUGGUGGGAUGAAAUUAUUCCAGGUCACCAGCACAACUUUAACACCUAUGAUGACAGCUUCAUCACAGACCUCAACACACCUUAUGAUUAUGAGUCUCUGAUGCACUAUGCGCCUUUCUCAUUUAACAAGAAUGUAAGUGUCCCUACCAUCACGACCAAGAUCCCUGAGUUUAACUCCAUCAUUGGGCAGCGCCUGGAUUUCAGUGCCAUCGAUUUGGAGAGACUGAACCGAAUGUACAAUUGCACCACAACUCACACCCUUUUGGACCACUGUGCUUUUGAAAAAGCAAACAUCUGUGGGAUGAUUCAGGGUACCAGAGAUGACGCUGACUGGGACCAUGAGGACAGCACUCAGCCUGGACAAGUGGAUCACACCUUGGUAGGACAAUGCACAGGUGCUGGCUACUUCAUGUUCUUCAACACCAGCUCGGGGUUGGCAGAAGAGGCAGCCUUGCUGGAGUCUCGGAUUCUUUACCCAAAGAGGAAGCAGCAGUGCCUGCAGUUUUUCUAUAAGAUGACCGGAAGUCCUUCAGACAGACUUGCCAUCUGGGUCAGGAGAGAUGAUGGCACAGGCAAGGUUCGCAAGCUGGUCAAGAUGCAGACCUUUCAAGGUAGCCAAACUUGGAAAAUUGCCCAUGUGACACUCAGAGAGGAGAAGAAAUUUCGCUACCUUUUCCAGGGCAUAAAAGGUGACCCCCAGAACUCGAAUGGGGGAAUUUACCUGGAUGACAUCACCCUGACAGAAACUCCGUGCCCCACAGGAGUUUGGACAGUACAUAAUUUCUCCCAAGUCCUUCAGGACACGGUUGAAGGGUCCAAGAUCCUGAGCCCUCGAUUCUACAAUUCGGAGGGAUAUGGUUUUGGGCUGACCUUAUACCCUCAUGGUAGAGUAAACUCCUUGAGCUCUGGCUACUUAGGACUUACUUUCCACCUGUGCAGCGGUGAGAAUGAUGCUAUCCUGGAGUGGCCGGUGGAAAACAGACAGGCGAUCAUGACAAUACUGGACCAGGAACCCGACGCCAGGAAAAGAAUGUCCUCAAGCAUGGUGUUCACCACCUCUAAGUCCCAGACAGCUUCAGCAAUAAACGGCUCAGUCAUCUGGGACAGACCAACCAUCGUGGGAACUUAUGAUAAGGACUGUAACUGUUACAGAAGCAUUGACUGGGGCUGGAGCACUUUCAUCUCCCACAACAUGCUGAAGAGGAGGAGUUUCCUUAAAAACGACGACCUUAUCAUGUUUGUGGAUUUUGAAGACAUUACCUACCUGAACCAGACUGAAGUCACCCCUAGAAACACAAGGCUGACCCCCCAAGGCCUUGUUCUCCAAGGCCAGGAGCAGCAGGCCUCAGAAGAAGGCUCAGCGCAGGCCUCGUUAGAGACCAUCCCCGACAGCCAGGGCAACGGGCAGCCCGGGCGGCAGAAGCGGUCAGCGGAGAGCACGGGCCCCAUGGAGGACCACAACUGGCCCCCGUACUUCAGAGACCCGUGUGACCCGAACCCUUGCCAAAACGAAGGCCUCUGUGUGAACGUGAAGGGCAUGGCGAGCUGCAGGUGUGUCUCCGAUCAUGCCUUCUUCUACACGGGAGAGCGCUGCCAGGCCAUGCAGGUGCACGGCAGCAUCCUGGGCGUGGUCAUCGGAGGCACCGCCGGCGUGCUCUUCUUGACCUUCACCAUCAUCUCCAUGCGUUCCAAAAAGUCGAGGCAGUGACCCGCCUGCUGACAUCAGCCAGAUCGAAGAAGCUCUUCCUCUACUCACACCUCUGCUCCUGUGCUGAACACAGUUUGGGGUGGGUUUUGUCAGCCUUGUUUUGAACAGGCCUCUGAGGACCAAGGCCUCUAGCCUCCUGUGUGACCAGUAUGGAUUUUCUGUCCCCAACCCUCUGAUUCUGUUACCCUGCUAUGUGCUCUGAAUGUAUCUACUGUGUCUGUGACAGCACUCACUGCACUUCUUUGUAAAUCACUUGUUUAACUGAUUGUCUUUCCCACAAACUGUAAGCUCCAUGCAGGCAGAUCCUCAUAUCACGCCAGCGCCAAUGCCUGGAAGCAAGAUGGCCUAGCCCAGUGGUUCUCAACCUGUGGGUCGCAACUCCUUUGGCGGU